UCCCCAGGCUCCAGCCCCACUUCUUGCCCUCUCCCCCAGUGCACUCUUGACCAGUGCGCCCAUAGCAGAUGGAGAGAAAACUGUGUCACCACCAGCCAUGACUCGCUCACUCACCCCCUCCCCUUUUCUCUCUUUCUAUCCUCCCACUCCCUUCUUUCCUCACUCUCAGGAUUUGGUGCAUCAAACAUUGAUUUGUCUUUAUUUUUAGAGCAGCUGUGAGCACACAUGCGUGCUUCUGCAGCGUAUUUGUUUGUGUGUAUCUGUGUACCAGACGCUCGUCCACGCCGGACAGCUUGACUGUGUUUGGGUGCAUCACUGUGCGUGUCUUUGCGAAUGUGUCAGAGCUCCUUUUUCCAAGUUAAUCCCUUAAGAAGAGGUGUGGUUCAGUUUCUCUCGCUCUGCGCUCCCUCUCCUCUCUGUCCCUCACUCUGAGCGCAAUAUCAUCACAUGCUCUCCUCUCGCUCCUCUCAUCUUCUUCUUCCUGUGCUGUUGUUAUUGCUGUGGCCGCUAGUCUCUCAGCUUGUCAUCUCUGCAUCAUCUGCUGUCGUUGCUGUGUGACAUGAGUUCUUGUGGCGACAUGGGGGAGGCCAUCGAACUCAGUACCAGGGAGCACGUGACCCCGGAGAUGAACAAGCUUCGUCAGAGCCUGAGGAGGAAGAAGCCCACCUACGUGCCAGAGGCCAGCAGACCGCAUCAGUGGCAGGCUGACGAGGAGGCUGUACGUAAGGGCAAAUGUAACUUCCCUGUUCGGUACCUUGGGUUGGUGGAGGUGGAGGAGUCGAGAGGGAUGCACGUAUGCGAGGAAGCGGUGAAGAAGCUAAAAGUUAGCGGGAAAAAGACAGUGAAGGCAGUAUUGUGGGUUUCAGCAGAUGGACUCAGGGUGGUGGAUGACAAAACUAAGGACCUCAUUGUGGACCAGACCAUAGAGAAGGUUUCAUUCUGCGCCCCCGAUCGUAACUAUGACAAGGCCUUCUCCUACAUCUGCCGAGACGGUACUACCAGACGGUGGAUGUGCCACUGCUUCAUGGCUCUCAAGGACUCGGGGGAGAGACUGAGCCAUGCAGUUGGCUGUGCCUUCGCCGCCUGUCUGGAGAGGAAGCAGCGCAGGGAGAAGGAGUGCGGCGUGACGGCUUCCUUUGACGCCAGUCGCACCUCAUUUGUGCGUGAGGGCUCCUUCCGCUCCAACCCUGCCUGCCAGCAGAGCAGCAGCAGCGACCGAGAUGACAAGAUGCAGGACAAGAAGAAAGACCAACCUUCUGCCAUCCCAGCCCUCCCACCUGGCUCUGCCUCCCCACCCGAGGGUGCGGCGUCCCCCAUGGAGCGGCCAGAGCCUGGCGGGCCUCACGCCAUUCCUCGCCGCCACGCUCCCAUCGAGCAGCUGGUGCGUCAGGGCUCGUUCCGGGGAUUCCCGGCCCUCAGCCAGAAGAACUCCCCCUUCAAGAGGCAGCUGUCACUCCGCCUCAACGACCUGCCAUCCACACUGCAACGCAAGACUGACUUCCAGGACAAGAACCCUGUACCAGACAUGGAUAUGGGGUUGCCAGAUGAGGAAGACUGUAGUAUCAACGCCCUGUGCAGCCAGAUCAACAACUCCUUUACCAAUCCCUCAGAGGAGCUCUACUGCAACCCGUCUUUGUCUGCAAAUGGACCUCCAACCUGCACUGUACCUGCUCUGCCUCCACCACCUGGACCAAUGCAUGGUAAUCCUUCCUGGGUGCAGCCGGAAGCGGCACUCCACUCUCCUCCGCCGGUCUCCGUGGCGAUGCAGAUGCACAUGCACUGUGGACACAGACGCACGCCCUCCGAGGCCGAGAGAUGGCUGGAGGAGGUCUCCAAGGCUGUCAUGGCUCAGCAGACCCCUCCCCCAGGCCCCGCCAUCCCCUGCAUCCCUGGACCGCCAUCCAUGUCCAGUCAGGCAGUCAUAUCAGCUGCCCCAGUGUCCACUGUGCCCCUGUCCCUCGUCACCAUGUCCAAACCUCUCCUAUCGGGCCCCUGUGCUCUCUCAGGUCAGGCGCCGAUGCCCCUCCCGCCCAUGUCAAUAUCAUCAGUUCCUCUAAUACCGGGCCCUCCAGUGUCAGGCCCCCCUAUGUCUCUACCUUCCAUGUCCAUUCCCACCAUGUCCGGUCCGAGUAUGUCCGGGGCCUCCAUGAUCCAGCCCUCCCUCCCUGGACCCCCGGGCUCCCUUCCUAGCACCAUGCAACCCUUCCCCUUGGCUUUUGAUACCGCCCCUGCUCCUGUGGGAAUGUUCGCCAGCCAGCCUGUCCAAUCGGCAUUCGUGCCCAUGCAGACCUACAUGCCCGGCCUGGCCAGCAGUAUGACAUAUCCCAACGCCAGUGUGCCCAUCGUAGGCAUCACACCAUCGCAAAUGGUGGCUAACGUCUUCUGCACCGCCACAGGCUCAUCUGGUGCAGGCGGAGCCAUGGGCUCGGUUAUAGGAGGACCCAAAGUGGGGGUGCUUGGACCAGCCGGGCAGCACCACUCUUACCCAGGAGUACCUAGUGCAGUCGGGCACCCCGGAGGAUUUUCCACGCCGCCAUUCUCUCCCCUUCCGGCAUUAUCAAACGCCAUUAACGGCCUCCCACCGCACAGCAGCGCCACGAUGGCCCUCCAGAAUGGGACCUCCAACAGCGGUGUUGGCAGUAGCAGCUGGCCGCCAGAGGGCAGCCAGUUGACAGCGCCGGCAGCCGGCGACUUCCAAGAAGACGAUCGAUUUGAGGCCAAGUGGGCGGCGCUGGAGGCCAAACCAGCUCCUCAGCAGCCGGGGAAUAAGACGCCAGCUGCAGCGGCCAACCCGUUCUCCAACAAUCUUCAAAAGACUUUUGAAAUUGAGCUUUAAGCCGGAGUUGGCCUCCCAAAGCUGUAGCUCUCGCCCUGGAGUUAAAGCCCGAGAAAGGCGGGCUUAGAACAGGAUGCAGGUCCUUAAAGUUAGCCUCGCAUCCGAUCUGUGGCGGCCCAGCAACAUGCUAAAAGCUCUCAUAGGAGUUAUAAUGAUCUUAAUUGCUUUCUUUACACUCCCAUGAGAGCUUAGGAGGAAGUAGGCAGAUUGCUGGGCUGCCAUUGGAGGAUCAGGUCUCGAGCUCACUAGACUUGAUGGACUGAAUCCUUCCACUCCACCCGCUACCCACCUCUUCUUCCUUGCUUUCACUUCUCCACUCUGGCUUUACUUUACUUGCUGCAAGUCCCUGGAUGUACUGUAUGUGCCCCCCUGUGGACAUGGUGGAGCGGGGGACACAGCUCAGUGGUUUCUUUCUUUAAAAAGGGACUCCACUCAGAUGCAUUCCAAACCCAUGAGAUGUUUUGUUUUUCUGGUGGAGAAGUUAGCGGAUAUGGCGUCAUCACAAGAGAAGCAGAGAAGUGAUUUUGUUGAGUGAUGAUCAGACCGAUGCUGAUCCAAGCCAAGCACAGCAAAAGUUUGGAUCCCAGAAAGGACGAGCCAAUGAUGUAAGACCCGACUCUACCGACCCAAAAGGACUUACUGACUAAUAGUAGAGAUUUAUGGCCAAAUUAUUUUAUUUAUUGUACUUCAUUUUUAUUUUAACAAGUUAUAUAUACUUAAAAAUCAAAUUUUUAAAGUUGUUUUUUAUCCCCUAUAUUUAUUUUUGUUGAACCGUAAUGAGGAGGGAAACGACAGGUAUCAGAGGAAAAGCAUUGUGGGAAACUAACAGGAACCAAAUAGCCCGAGCUGACAGUGCAGCAGUGUGUAGCGCGACAUGUGAGACAGUAAGUGUACAUAGCGGCAUGUUUCUUCCACCCGUUAGCCCUCACGUAUAUUCGCUCUGCUGCUGAGGAGUCAAAUAUGGCGUCACUUUGACUCUGCGGUCCAUUUCUGUUGCUAACGCCAACCCCUCAAGGUUUUACUGGGACAUGAGAGACCACUUCAGGAUAUCCAGCACACAGACACUCUGGACAAUACAGCACAACAUCUUCUCCAGACAAACCCGAUGGACUUUAACAACUCAGUGGAAACACGAAACAACACUGUGGAACUGGUUAAAAAAAACGAUGCACUACAUUCCAGCAUUCAUCAUCCUUUAACAUGUUCAAACACACAACAGGGUAUAGCCUCAUCACGCACGGUAUGAUUGUGUAUUCACCUGCUCUACUGUAUACUGAAUGCAGUAGAACUGCACUCAUUACAGAAUAUGGGAUUGAUCAACCCUGUCUCCAACAAAAUUACGUUCUCAUACAACUAAACUGCAUUAUCAAUUACGUUUCAAGGGAAACAUAUUUUCUCCUGAAUUACGGUCGCGGUUUUAAACAGUUUUAAACACGUGGUUAACGUUGUUGUGUUUUGGCAGUAGUGAACACCCGUCAGCAGUUCAAAAUAUGAUAAUCUUUAGAGGCCGAUAGUCCAGUUUACAAACAGAUAGAUAUAUGACAUUAAGAUCUACAAGCCAAAUGCCAACUACUCAAUCAUCUGGACAAAGAUGAGCUAUCUAAUGUUAUGCUAACUGUAUACUAAGAAAACGUCAGCUUAAACUUCAUAUUUAAUCUACCGGUAUCUUGCAAAAUUUAACCCAUAACAUUAGUCUACCUUUGUGUACUUUAUAUACUACAAUUCAGCUUUUGAGUCUUAUUCGCUGUGCAGUGUUUGAUGUUAUCUUUUGACACUAAACAGCCAGCGGAUGGCAGUCUCACCCUUUAUCCUCCAAAAAUGGCCAACUUGCUGUCGGUGACCUCACAUUGCCAUUCCCUAUUAUUACACUUUCAUUAACGGUUGCUUGAUAUACUUCCGCCACCUGCUCUGCGCGUCGCUCGUUUUGGCUCGUACUGACAAACGUAUUAAGAUUCUUUCCAAACAUAAUUGAUAAUGCUCUUUAGUUGUAUAGGAACUUUGUUUACAGGAGACAGGGCUGGAUUGAUGAAUGGAGGUCAAAAGAAAAGAGGAACAUGAGAGACAUAAACGGAGGUGUGGCAAAUUAAAGAACUGAGAGAAAUAAAAGAUAUAUGUUGGAUGCAGAAUUUGAUUGAGAGAUAAACAGGAAGAGCAGAAGAAGAAGAAUAGUUCGCUAGAGGAAAAAAAGGAACCCGUAUGUGAGAGACUGAAGGAGAGAAUGGAGUCAUACCUUUAAACAAAAGAGAUGGAGGAAGUCUGAAGGAAGGAAAAUGAGAUAAGAUAUGAAAAAAAAAAAUAGAGAGAACAAAGACAUAUUCAUCACGUUGCCCCCCAACUCUGCUGUUUUACAUGUUUUUGUGU